UGAGUCACCAUUAAGUGCCCAAUGUGUGUGAGAGCUGUCAUCCACAGGUCUCAGCUGCUGAGAUGCCAGACGAAGUACUCUGAAGGAAAACCCCAUAAACACAAUGAAUGUAAGCAAUCGUCUGAGGGUUCAAAUCUCGGUAUAGACAUUAAAAAUUGUAUGACGGGGAAACCUUUCGAAUGUACUGAGUGUGGAAAAAUCUUCAGAAGGAAAUGAACGCAUCAGAAGAUCCAAACUGAAGAGAAACCCUCUGUGUGUACUGAUUGUGGGAAGACCUACCGGAAAUCACAGUUUCUCACACACAAAGGACCCCAUACUGGAGAGAAACCCUCUGUGUGUACUGAGCGUGGAAGAUCAUUUAUUAAAAAGUCACAGUUUCAUGUGCAGCAGCGAAGUCAAACAGGAGAGCGUCCCUUUAUAUGUUCAGAAUGUGGAAAGGUCUCUCAUAAGGCAAACCUCAUUGUACUCCAGAAGAUUCAUAGCCGGGAGAGAUUCUAUGUAUGUACCGAGUGUGCACAGGCCUUUGCUGACAGGCCCUAUUUCAUUAAACACCAAAAGAUUCACACUGGAGAAAAGCCCUAGAAAUGCAGUGACUGUGGAAAAGCUUUUACCUGGAAGACAGGUCUCAGGCCCCAUCAGAAGCAUCACAUGGGUGAGAAACAUCACGAAUGCUGUGAAUGUAGAAAGACGUUGUUCAUUCACAAGUCAACACUGCAUACACACCAGAAGAGCCACAAAGAAGAAAAAUCCUAUGUUAGCCUAGAGUGUGGGAAGGCAUUCUUCCACAAAUCACAUUUUGAUAUACAUAAGAACAUUCAUACCAGGGAGAAACUGUAUAGGUGCUGCGAUUGUGGGAAAUCCUUCACUAUGAAGUCACAACUCCUACACCCACAGAUUCACAUGGGCGAGAAACCCUAUAGAUGUGUCGAGUGUGGGAAGGCCUUCACAGAGAGCUCAAAUCUUUUGGCACAUUAGAAGAUUCACACUAGAGAGAAACCCUUUACACGCUGUGACUGUGGAAAAUCCUUCUCUCAGAAGUCGGGCCUCCACGUACAUCAGCAAUCCCAUUCUGGAGAAACAGAGUGCUGUUCAUGUGGGAAAGCCUUUGUAAGGAAGUCAGCACUGAUGAAACAUCACAGAAUCCACACAGGAGAGAAACCAUAAUGUGCUGAAUGUGGGAAAAAACUUACUAAACACCAGAAAAUUCAUGCUAAACAGAAACUUUAUAAGUGUGGUAACUUUUAGGAAGCCUUAAACUGGAAGCCAGAACUCUCAAGUCAACUCAAUACACUUCAGGAAUGAGAUACUGGAGGAGAGGGCCU